AGUGAAGAUGGAGCAGACCAGGACAGUCCAGAGGAGGGGACGCCAGCGAGCCCCCGCACCAAGCGUAGAGUGGGUCGUCCUGGCAGGAAACGCAAACAGCUGCUUCCUGAGAUGGCGACCUCUGACCCCUGUGCAAACGCCCCCCCAACCCCGCCUGAGGAGCCGGAGCCCUCCCCCUCCCCUCGCAAGAAGCGCGGGCGUCGGAAACUAGAGCAAACCGAGAAGAAUAAGGACGAGCCAGAUGACAGAAACUGCGACUCCCCCAGAGAGGGUGAGACUGGGAGGCUGCGGAGGAGGCCAGUCCCCAGAGUCACUUUCCAGGCUGGGGAUCCGUACUACAUCAGCAGGAGACAGAGAGAAGAAUGGCUCAGCCGCUGGAAGAUGGAGGCAGAGCGACGGGCGUACAGAGAGGCAGAGAUGAACAUGAUGGACGACCUAUCUGAGGGUGAUUUUCACAAAGAGGAGGAGCCAGCCAGCCCAGCCCCUCCCCCUUCACAACAACACACGGACCCUGCGUCUCCAACGGUUGCUGUGACACCGGAGCCAGUUGCCAGGGGAGAACAAGCCACACCCAGCGAGGUAGAGUACCAGGAUGGCAGAGGUUUUGGCAUCGGUACACUGGUGUUUGGGAAGCUGCGAGGUUUCUCUUGGUGGCCCGGCAGGAUUGUUUCCUGGUGGAUGAGCGGCCGAAGUCGAGCUGCAGACGGAACUCGCUGGGUGAUGUGGUUUGGAGAUGGAAAGUUCUCUGUGAGUCACAUCAGAUGCAAAGAAAGGGGACCCAAAGUCCUUCUACAAAGAGUGUGUGUGGAGAAGUUGAUGCCUCUGAGCUCCUUCUCAUCUGCCUUCCACCAGCCGACCUACAACAAACAGUCCAUGUACCGGAAAGCCAUCUUUGAGGCUCUGCAGGUGGCCAGCGUACGGGCGGGGAGGCCAGUUCCUUCCUGUGAUGCGAGUGAUGAUGCAGACGGGGUAGAGAUUCAAACCAGACAGAUGAUCGAGUGGGCAAUGACCGGCUUCCUCCCCAAUGGUCCACAAUCACUGGACCCUCCAGAGGGUGAACAGAAUCAAUAUAAGGAAGUGUACCCAGAGAUGUGGGCUGAACCUGAGGCAGCGUACACGCCUCCACCUGCCAAGAAACCGCGCAAGAACGCAGCUGAAAAAGCAAAGAUCAGAGAGGUGAUCGAUGAAGGGACCAGAGAGAGACUCAUAUUGGAGAUAAAAAAGAAGACCAGGAACAUAGACGAUAUCUGCAUCUCCUGUGGAAGCCUCAACGUCUCUCUGGAGCAUCCUCUCUUUGGAGGAGCAAUGUGCCAGGGCUGCAAAAACUCGUUCCUGGAGUGUGCCUACCAGUACGAUGACGACGGCUACCAGUCCUACUGCACCAUCUGCUGUGGAGGCAGGGAAGUGCUCAUGUGUGGCAACAACAACUGCUGUAGGUGUUUCUGUGUGGAGUGUGUGGAUCUGUUGGUAGGAGCCGGCUCGGCGGCGGCAGCCAUCAAAGAAGACCCCUGGAACUGUUACAUGUGCGGACCCCGGAGCACAUACGGGUUACUGCGAAGACGGGACGACUGGCCCUGCAGACUACAGCACUUCUUUGCCAACAACCAUGAACAGGAAUUCGAGCCAGCCAAGUUGUAUCCUCCAGUUGCAGCAGAGAAGAGGAAACCAAUCAGAGUUCUCUCCCUGUUCGACGGCAUUGCCACAGGGCUGUUGGUUCUCAAGGAUUUGGGCAUCCAGGUUGACAAAUACGUUGCGUCUGAGGUGUGUGAAGACUCCAUCACUGUCGGCAUGGUUCGACACCAGGGUCGCAUCAUGUAUGUGGGUGACGUACGCAACGUAACACACAAACAUAUCGAAGAGUGGGGACCAUUUGACCUGGUGAUAGGAGGAAGCCCCUGCAACGACCUCUCCAUAGUCAACCCUGCAAGAAAAGGCCUUUACGAGGGAACCGGAAGGUUGUUUUUUGAGUUUUACCGUCUGCUGCACGAGGCUCGACCAAAGCCGGGCGAUGAGCGGCCGUUCUUCUGGCUGUUUGAGAAUGUGGUCGCGAUGGGAGUCAGCGACAAACGGGACAUCUCACGCUUUUUAGAGUGUAACCCAGUGAUGAUUGAUGCCAAGGAGGUCUCUGCUGCCCACCGCGCUCGCUAUUUCUGGGGCAACCUGCCGGGCAUGUCCAGACCUCUGACACCCAUGACGAAUGACAAGCUCGACUUACAAGAGUGCCUCGAGCACGGACGUACAGCCAAGUUUGAGAAGUUGCGUACCAUAACGACACGCUCCAACUCUGUGAAGCAGGGGAAAGAUGAGCAUUUCCCCGUCUUCAUGGACAACAAGGAGGACAUCCUCUGGUGUACCGAGAUGGAAAGGGUGUUUGGUUUCCCCGUCCACUACACCGACGUGUCCAACAUGAGUCGUCUGGCCAGGCAAAGGCUUCUGGGACGUUCCUGGAGCGUCCCUGUCAUCAGGCACCUCUUCGCGCCGCUCAAGGAGUACUUCGCCUGCAACUAGUCACGCACCACCAACUCUCUCUCUCUGUCUCACACACACACACACACACACACACACACACAUACAUACACACAUCGACAGUAUGUCAUGACAGACACACACACAGAUAAGUACACACAGUAUACAGUUAGUACAUGAAGGUUGGCUGACGCGGUAUGACAAAGAUGACCGUACAUGCACACAUAUACACACACAUAUACACUGUAAAGGACUGCUUCCCUAGAUCCCAUGUAGACCACUGGCUGACCUUAGUCCCCUGGUGCUACCUUGCUGAUUACACACACACACACACACACACACACACAUACUGGUGCAGGGUCUCUGUACUGUAUUUGUUCACACACAACUUCCUGUCCGACCUUGAAACUGGUGUCUUCUUGCUUUACUGUGUCGUAGUAGCUGGAGUUCAAAAACCUCCAGGAGGGGUGCAACACUGACAUGAGAUGCCCCAACAUUUUCUGUUUUUAACAAUUCUCUGAAUACAACAACACACCAAUGAAUCCCUCUGAACCAUAACACUUAACAACUAAACUGUAUUCAAGCGUAGUGACAGUGCUGCUGGUGUAUUACAGUGCAAUGAACACACACACACACACACACACACAUACACCAGUUAACGCUUGUGGUGCUGGUCAGGUAGUGAUAGAUUUCCAAAUGGUGCCACUUUAAUACAACACUUUUAAAGUUUUUGGUGCUCUUGGAGACUGAACUGUCUCUGGUUGUUUCAGUCGCUACAGUUUUGUGUCCCUAAUUAACAAGGAUGUGGAGGCAACACCAGGCUAGAGAGGUGCAUUUUUUUUAACAUCUAUUUAUUUGUCAAAUUGAGUGUGCAAAGGGAGCGUCCAAAAAGACAAACAAAGGCAACUGUAUUCAGAUAGAUUCAUGUGAAGCCUUUUUUUUAACGUGACUACAACUUAAUCAGAUUGUAAAAGAUGCUCUGGAGGUUCAAAUGAUUUUAGUAGCUGAGUUAAACCUCAGUGGGUUGAGCCAAAAAUCAUGUUUUUUGUGGCAAAAUAACUAAAAAAAAAAAAAAAAAGUAUCUUCCCCUGUUUUGGCUGAAAUGUUGUCAGUGAUGCCCGCAAUAUGAAAUAUCGAAAUAAAAGAGGGUAAUACCACAGUCCAUUGUUCGAGUUUGUUACCCUGUAUCUCCAUAGUGCCUAAUGUUAAUAGAAUCCACAUCAGCUUCCACUAAUGAAGUAGCUAAUGUUCCUGGGGACUUAAAUACACACAAAUAUACACGAGACAAAGUCUAGACGUUGACAUUAACAAAAUAAAAAAAUAAAGAGACUAAUAAUAGUAGUAAUGGAAAGCCUUGUAACUGUCUCCAUCUCCACAGUUUAGAGCGCCCUCUAGUGGGCAGACAGACCAGUAUAAAGUGAGUGCAUAACAAGGAAACACUCUCAUGUUGGGGUGAGUCAAUCCUUUGUGUUCCACAGAGUUACUGUUCGCAGUCACUGGAUUAGAAAAACAUGUAAAAUAAAGACAGAAUAAAGUCAGCUUUUAUACUUAUUACAUAGUCAUUCGCAUAUAUAUAUACAAUAUUGCUGCAUGUCUCUUAGUUGUGAGGACCUACAUCCACUGUUAGGUUUCUGUACAACAAGCACUCGUGUGCUGUUUAAAAACUCAUACUGUUUUGAUUGUUUCUUGGUGGUUUUUGUCAUGUUUUAGGCAGUGAUUGUACAUUAAGGCUAGCUAAUGCUUUGGUGAAUAUAUUGUAAUAUACUGUACACUAGUAGCAUCUUAAGAAUGGGUUUAUUGCCUCAUGCUGGUAUGCAAUACUUACUCAAUAACAUUCGUGCUCUUGUAUUGCAUUGAUUACUGUUAUUCAAAUGACUGUGAUGUUCAUCUUAAUGGUGCAAAAUUGGAAUAAUACUGUCUGUCACUUUAGUAAUUAUGUCAGUUGCCUGAUUGAUAGAUGUCACUGUACCAAACCUCGGCCUACUUAAUGGGCUCGUAUCAUUAAGUAGGCAGUGAAAGACACUAUUUUAAGCCUACAGUGGUCAUUAUGUUGAUGUACUUUCUGUUCAAAUAAUCUUCAGACAAAGGCCCGAAAAAACAGUUAUACUGUGAAAAAACCAAUAUGAGGGAGUCUUUCUAUGUAGCUUGGUUAACUUUGGUGUGGCUCAGUUUGUUUUCACCCAUCAUGAGAGUGGCUUUCAUUAUGUGUGACGCAUUAUGCACUGUCUAUAGCUUUCUGGGUCGCACAUAUUGUGACCUUCCAACAUCACGAAUGCAAGCCAACGGCAUCAUUUUUAUUAUAUGUUAUAUAUAUAUAAAGGGAAAGAUUGUAACUUAAUCUUAUAUAGUUAAAUAUAUCUCGUAUUCAUGUCUGGAUAUCUUUUAAAAACGAGAAGAAGGUGGAUGUUUUGGCAAAAUGUGUCUCUUUAAAAGUCUGCUCUAAAACAAAAUCGAUCUUCAGCUCCACCAAACACGUUUUGAUUCAUCCAGUGAGUUUGUUUGUACCUCCAGAGCAGCACCGCAAACUAAAACACAGAUAGAUCUUUUUUAGUUUUUAAGGGCCGAAUUUAAGGUGAAAGGAAGUUGCAAUUCCAAUUACUGUACAACUUCUCUUGUGUCUCAAUCUCAGUGUCGCCCAUUUUAUGUCUACUUUAAAGUGACCAGUAGUCACAGUCCACCAGCCCUUGCAGUUAUGCUCCUACUUUGCUUCAUAGGGAUCCUAAAUGUCCUCCAGUUACUGCAGCGACAUCCACUAAAACCAGACGCAGACCUUUAAUCUGUAGACAAUAUGCUGGUUUUCUAUUUCCUAAGACUGAAGCAGCCCUGUAUAAAUAAUGAUCCUUCCUUAUGUCACAAGAUACAGUUGUACCACCUGACUUGGGUGUUUCUUCUGCCUUUUGCCCAAUGCAUGCUGGGAAAAACUCAGAUGCUCUAUGACCUUGAAUAGUAAUAAGCAAGUAAAAGAAAAUGGCUUGUCAUCAAAUAAAAUGUUUCCAAGACUAUUACACACACAGACAGUGUGUGUAAGCUACAUAUUGAUGUUUUUAUUUACACAGGGCUGUCUUUUGAGAAAACAUCUCUUUCAGUCUGGUGCUUUUGGUCCUCAGACGACCAUCUUUUUCCAGGAAGCCUUCCGAUCCUCUGACCUUCCUCAGAUACCAGCUUACAACUGGACACAUGCAGUCUAUGCUGACAAACACACACACACACACACACACGUGCACAAACAACAACAAAAACCAACAAUAAACCAGCAGGUUCAAAGUUUUUUCCAUCAUGUUUACUCUCCGUUUAUACAACCAACCUUCAGGUGCUUUUUAAACUCAGCUCUUUUUUACAGUGCUCUUGCAGGUGACACUCUCACACACACACACACACACACACACACACACACACCCACACACACACAUUUGCUGUAAACGCAAUGCAAACACUUCUCUAAACUCAUUUCGCUACAAAACACAGCAUUCACACACACACACGUGCAUACACACUGUGUUUUUGCCGGCCGCCUGUUGCUAUCAGGCUUCCCACAGCGUUGCUGGGUGUGACAUCACCACCCUGCGUUGCUUGGUGCUCCCAAAACCCGCCUCCCUCUCCAUCCCCGCUACCCCCACUCCCUCUCCCCCAGGUGCUGCAUGUCAGUCAGUCAGUGUAAUCUCCGAUUCCAUGUUAGAUUAGGGAGUAAUGAUCAUAAUAAUAAUGGUAAUAAUAAUUACAAUAAUAAUCUGUUAUUGUGUGUGUGUGUACUGUUCCAGGUUGGUGCUCAGUUCAGUUCAGUCUCAGCCUAGAGGGGAGAGAGAGGCUAGAGAAAGCAUAUAUUACAGUUAGUAUAGUGACUUGUUCUAUUGUACCCAAGGAUGCCAGAAGAAAUUGUUAAACUGAUGAGCUACAGGACACUCUCAAACCAGAGCCGGUUGAAAUAACACCACAUGGAGAAGAAAGAAAAUAACUGAGUUCACAUUUUCUGAUUUCUUGCGAAACGCUUGACAGUUUUACCAAAGGCUGCAAGUGAGGAUUAUUUUCUUUAUGGAUUCAUCUGCGGAUUAUUUCCAAGGUUAAUCAUUUGAAAGAGCAAAAGAAAACAUCAGCGAAUAGAGAAGAAUGCUAAUAGUAAUAUAAUAAUAAUGAAUGUGAGGUCAAAAUCAAAUCUUUAGUUCAACCAAAACCCAAAGAUAUUCAGUUCACUAUCAGAAGAAAACCAGAAAAUAUUCACAUUUGAGAAGAAGAUCAUUUAAAUCACUUCAAACAAUUAAUCACUUAUCAAAAUUCUUGCAGACAAAUGUUCAUUCCACAAAACGAUUCAUCGUUUUAUUAAAUUGCAAGGUGACACAGAAUUCAUGAAGACUGGUUGCGUUAACUGGUGUGAUCGAAACGUCGUGGUUUAUUUGCAUGUGUUAAAAUCAAACUAUAUAAGUAAAAUCAAGUUAUACGUUAACACAGUGGUUUAAAACCUUCCCAAAGGGUCCAAACAUAAGUCAGAGGAGUGUAAAGAAACAAAUUUGUCACAGAAAAUGUUAUUUAUUUUAUAUCAUUUGGGUGAAAUAUUGGCCUCAAAGCCUCUAAAAAAAACCUUAAAGAAGACAAGUACAACAAAUCACUCUUUGAUUGAACUGCUCACAAACAGUAACACUACGGCUGUUAAGACCUAAUAAAAGAGAGAUUUUAAGUCUGUUUAAAAUAUAUUCUGUAAGACUUUAAAGAAGAUGUUUGUGAGAUGUUUUGGAAGAGGAAGAUCAGACAACUGAACACAUUCAAAUAUAUCAUAGAUUGUAAGAAGCUGAGUUUCCUGAGUGUGUUGAAACCAAUGUGUGACGAGGGGUUACAACCAGCUUCAUUUUAAAAGGCUCACAAACGGUUGUCAGGUGGUGUUAUUUCAACACGUCUCUGUUUAGGAGUGCAGUGGGACAAAGGCGAGAGGAAUGGAGUCAAUGUUAUUAAAAUGAUGGGUGACACGGUGAUGAUGUUUCUGUUCGCCUAUCGACAGCUUUUAGGCUGAGUGACGCGUUGUUUUCAACACUGAUACACUUAAACCACAUACACACAAAACACUGUUAUUACCACACAGAGCAGACGACGCUCAGACGCAGAGACACAUGCACAACACCUACAAAUACAAUGCUGUGGCGCAUUCAGACACUCAUCUCAUGGAUUAAAUGAAAGAUGAGCUUUUAGGAAAAGGAGGACCUGGUGGUGUUUCAAAAGGUGCUAAAAUUUUAUCUGAAAAUAAGAAAAAUAUAUUGUUAGGAGUAUAAAUCAAGUUUGUCUUUACAAUGACUGUAUUUAAGUUUGUCGUAGUAAUGAAAAGGCACUAUUAUUAUUUUACUCUUGUAUGAAUAUGGACUAAUUAAAAAGGCAUUUUAACUUUGUACUUGAACAAUGUAAGAAAUGAAACGUGAAUAAAAAAAAGACUGUUUCUUGUGA